UAAUGCACGAUAAGCCCUGAAGUUCCGACGGAAUUGUUGUGGGUGUUGGAACUGGAAGUGAAAGUGAAAGCAGAUGUUAGGUGUGUGAUGUUAGAUGUGUCAAAUAACUCGACCAGUCAUGAAGCACGACGUGUACGAGUUGAAAUGACAGUCCAAUAGUGCAGUGAAAGCUGUCAGUUAUAUUUUAUGGCGCUAACUUCUGGAACAGGAGUAACUGUUGACACGUUUUCCCUUCCUGUUUAAUGAGUGAAUAUAAAGAAUGAAACCUGCUAGUGAUAACACAAGGAGAUAGUGGCUGGGCAGAAUAAGCGAUUCGUCAGAGUUUUACGUAUUGUUAAAGAUACCGCGUUAAGCAUCAUUUGAAAGAAUUAAGACUCAGGUAUAAAACAGUUACUAGAAGAGACGAGAAACGGAGAACUACUGGAUGCUGUGUUUUAUAAGAAAUAUUCAGCGUAGAUCCCGGUUGUUGUGAUAUAUUACUAAUUUUAUGAGGACACCCUUAAACAGUAUGUUUUACGGAGGUACAACACUGAAUGAUGCGACGCAACAUAAGAAGCAUCUGUCGAUUCCUGCUGUCGGCUGCUGCAACAGUGGUGCUGACAGUGUUGGUUUUUAGACUCAUUCGUCAGAAUGAAAUCAUGGCACCCAGACUCGAAGCUCAUGGUGCAGAGCCACUGCCGCCGCAGGCUCAACUUUUGGUGAAUAAUAAAGCAGCUGCUGGUGCAUCUGAAAAAAUUGAUUGGCAUGAUUACAAGCAGAUUGAGAGAGAUGCCUUACGCAAGGGAAUUGGUGAACACGGGAAACCAGCAAACCUUAGUCCUGAAGAGUCUGCACUUAAAGAAUCUCUGUACAGAGAAAAUGGUUUCAAUGCUCUCCUCAGUGAUAAGAUUGCUCUGGACCGAGCUUUACCUGACAUACGCCACAAGGGGUGCAAGUCAAAGAAGUACUUGAAAAAACUUCCCACAGUGAGCAUCAUUGUUCCAUUUCAUAAUGAACACUGGAGCACACUUCUGAGGACUGUCGUCAGUGCGAUCAACAGAUCUCCCCCAGAAUUACUCAGGGAGAUAAUACUUGUUGAUGAUUUUAGCUCUAAAGAGCAUUGCAAAGAGAAGCUUGAUAAGUAUGUAGCUGAAAAUCUACCCAAGGUCAAAGUUAUUCACUUACCUGAAAGAUCUGGUCUUAUUCGGGCACGUUUGGCUGGUGCAAGAAAAGCAACUUCAGAUGUUCUUAUUUUCCUUGACUCACAUACAGAAGCUAAUGUUAACUGGCUUCCACCUCUCUUAGAACCAAUUGCAGAAGAUUAUCGUACUUGUGUCUGCCCUUUCAUUGAUGUCAUUGCAUAUGAAACAUUUGAGUACAGAGCUCAAGAUGAAGGAGCUCGUGGUGCUUUUGACUGGGAGUUUUUCUACAAGAGGCUACCACUUCUACCUGAAGAUCUAAAACAUCCAACAGAACCUUUUAGGAGCCCAGUAAUGGCUGGAGGAUUGUUUGCUAUCAGCUCUAAAUUCUUUUGGGAACUGGGUGGCUAUGAUGAGGGACUUGAAAUCUGGGGAGGUGAACAGUAUGAGCUCUCUUUCAAGAUUUGGCAGUGUGGUGGACAAAUGGUAGAUGCACCAUGUUCUCGUGUGGGCCACAUUUACAGAAAGUUUGCUCCAUUUCCUAAUCCAGGGAAAGGCGAUUUUGUUGGAAGGAAUUAUAGGCGUGUUGCUGAAGUAUGGAUGGAUGAAUAUAAAGAAUAUUUGUAUAGAAGAAGACCUCAUUAUCGAAAGAUUAAUCCUGGUGACCUCAGCAAACAAAAGGAACUCAGGGAAAGAUUGCACUGUAAGCCAUUUAAGUGGUUUAUGGAGGAAGUUGCAUUUGAUCUCCCAAAGAAGUAUCCACCUGUUGAACCACCAGAUUUUGCUUAUGGAGAGGUACGUAGUGUGGCUGCACCAGAGUUAUGUGUUGAUACAAAUUUUGUUGGAACUGAAAAACCAUUUGGUUUGAAGGAAUGUGUGAAAGAUCGGAAAAAUGCCAAAGGACAGCAGAACUUCACAUUGACGUGGCACAAGGAUAUUCGUCCCACUGGGCGCACAGUGUGUUGGGAUGUAUCUAGUACUGAGAGCAAGGCGCCUGUAACCCUCUACGGUUGCCAUGGUUUACAGGGGAACCAGUUGUGGAGGUAUGAUCCGGUGAACCAGUGGCUUGUGCAUGGAGGAAAUCCACGGUGCUUGGACUGUGAUCCAGGUAGUCUAAAAAUGUAUGUUACCAAGUGUGAUGGUGCAUCUUUAACACAGAAGUGGAGGUUUGAAAAUAUUGAUUUCAAAGCUUUAGCAAAUUGGGACAAUGUUGGGCCUCAUUGAAUUUUGGUAGUACUCCUCAUCAAUUUGUUCUCAUGAGUCAUAUAAAAAGAAAAGAAGCUAUAUAAUCGAUAUUUGACACAACAGUGUGAACUUGAAAAGUACAUAAGUUUUAGUUAAAUAAUUAGUGUGUUACGUUCUGUGUGGUCUCUCUUCACAUGGUAAUAGGCUGACUUUACUUCAAAUAGCUAGCUUGACAAUUUCAUUGUUUAUUGACACUGGAUUUAGUUUAAAUGUUUACUCAUUGUAUGAAAAUGAGGACAACUUGAUGAUUAGUAAUGUACUGGAGACGGUAACUAUGUAAAUGUAAUUAUUUUCAGUUUUCAACUGUGAACUCAAUGGGUGUGCUUGUUGUCACUUGCUUACAAAACAUACACUGAAGAAAAUAAGUAGCUUGCAUGAGUGCAUACGUGUAUCAGUUCCUUUUUCUAAAGUGCUAAAUAAAUUGACAGGUUCAUCUUCUGCAUGAGUUGCACUAUUGAUAUUUGAUCUCUAAAAGACUGAUAGCCAUUGAUAUAAUUACUAAUGAAGGGUGCUCAAUUUUGCAUUUAUUUAUUUUUAGUCUGAGCUAAAAGGUUUGGAUGCUGUUUUCUCUUCCUACAUAGUGUAAACAAUUUUGUACUGUUGGGGUGUAAUUGUUCUGGGACUUACAUGUAUUUUUUGUUUUGGUAAAAGUGUGCAGCUUCAUGUUUGAAAACAGAUUUUGUAAUCUAUCCAGCUAUAAUUUAUCAGUACAGAAAAUGUGUUGUUGCCAUACAUUACAUAUUGUAAAAGUGAAAGAAGUAUCCAGCAAGAAUGAAGAAGCCAUAUUCUGUACAGAUGCUUUUCACAAUGCUAGCAGAAACAUGUAGAAGUAGAACUGCAUAUGUGAAUUUAUUGUUUUGACCUUUUUGUAUACUGUACCAAAUGCAUAUCUUGUCAUUUUGGUGUCAUGCUAACUUACUGUUUCCUUUCUGGUUUCUAAUAACACUAUAUUUUCUUCUGUUUGAAUACCAAUGCAUGUUUUGGUUCAAGAAACAUAGGUUCAGUUGUUAUUUUUCUGUUUCUGAUUUUUUUCGCUACCAACAUAUUAACUUCAUGUCAAAUAUUUAAUCCUAGCCUGUUUACUGUAAAUUAUAUGAAUGGAAGAAAGCAAAUUUACUGUAAGAGUACUUUUUUAUGUCUGUGACACACGUAUUUGACACAAAAAACAAUGGAUCAGUUUGCCAUUUAUUUGCUUACAACCUUCUUUAACUGGUUGAUACGAAUGUGGUAUGAAUCCUAUAGUCAAGUUUUGUAAUUGAUUUGUCGGAUAGUUAGGUAUUUCCAAUACAGUUAUCAAUUUUUGUCUUCAUUCCUAAUAGUAUGUAAAUGGUUCGUAUAACUGCUCUUAAUAACUACAGUUAUUGUUUGAUUCGGAGUUGAAUCAGUUUGAUAAAUGGUACACAUUGGUACCAAAACAUAUUAAUUUUGAAACAGACAUAAUUUUCUUUGAGUUAACCACUUCAGUGUUUGUUGAGAGAGAAACUGGGAGAAUGUGUUAACCAGUAUGGUUGAGGGAGUCCCACAUUAAUAAAAUUAAUUAUGGGAAGUCUGAUUUAAAAUAUCUGCCAUAAUUUAUCUAACUUUCCUUAAUUUAUUCUUGUCUUUUAUAAUAUAUAUUGAUUAAGUAGCACAGGCAGCUGUUUUUCCCCAAGUGUUAGCUUCUACCCCUAAUUGUAUUUUUCAGUCAACAGUUCAGAUUUUUUUAAUAAUUUUAUACAGUAAGGGAGCUAAUAGAAGUGUCAACAUUAAACAUGGGCUGGAACAUAAUAUUUAUGAGAGUACUAAUCAACACCAAAUAGCAAAAACACUGAUGUUGGCUAGA